AAGAGCGACGUUGCGCCAGGUCAAAGGUCAGCCAUGAAACAUGGCGGCGGCGGUGACCUUCUGCCGGCUGUUGUGCCGGUCCGGCGCGGUUGCGCGGAGCCUGCCCCUCGGCGCCAGGUGUUUCGGGGUGCAGGUCUCGCCGACCGGGGAGCAGAUCACACACACUGGCCAGGUUUAUGAUGAAAAAGACUACAGGAGAAUUCGGUUUGUAGGUCGUCAGAAAGAGGUAAAUGAAAACUUUGGCAUUGAUUUGAUAGCAGAGCAGCCGGUGAGCGAGGUGGAGACUCGGGUCAUCUCGUGCGAUGGCGGCGGGGGCGCGCUGGGCCACCCGAAAGUAUACAUCAACUUGGACAAAGAGACAAAAACGGGCACGUGUGGUUACUGUGGGCUGCAGUUCAGACAGCGCCACCGCUAGAGCCAUGACACGCGGGGGUUCUGCAGCGUCCACAUGAGCAUUUCCAUGGGAAGAUGAGCGCGGGAGGCUCGCCGAUUGUGUGUGAAGGAUAUUCCUGGUGCUGAAUAAAGGUAUUCCAUGUUGCUGUCAGUGGCUGAAA